AUGGGCAAGUGUGCUAUUAUUUUUUUUUUAGUUCCUGGACAACUCAAGCGUGGACUUGACGUGGCGUCGGAAUCCUAUGGCCCAAUCACGUACGAGCCGACUGAGGAUACCACGUACGGACCAACGGAAGAGACGACGUACGCACCGACGGAGGAGACCACCUAUGCCACGACCGAGGAGACUACCUAUGGUCCAAUUGAUGAAUCCAUGUACGGACCAACUAUUAAGCCACAUAUCGACGCUCCUACAGACGGCCCCACCAAUGCACCCAUCAAUGGACAUUAUCGACGCUCCUACAGAUGGUCCCACCGAUGCAGCGACCGAUGGACUUACAAAUGA